UCCUGUGGUAAAGUGCUAUGUGAGUUCACACAGUACUGAGUCAUCUACCACUCUGACAAAGCCCUUUAGUGAAAAAUGAAGGAAUCAUUAUAAUAUCUGAACUUAUCAUCUCUCAAAAUGAACUCAAGUAUGUCUGUAGUAUUUUCAGAUAACAUUAUUUGCAGAUGAAAUGGUAUGUAGAAAAUACUGAAAAGUGACCAAGAAUUUCACUACAUCAAACACUAUAAAACCAAGGGAGUGUACUGGUGGCCUGUUAAAAUUUAGGUACAGUAUAAGAUGCAGCAGAGGAUGGUGUGGGCCAGACAUAUCUUUGUGUGGCUGAUGAUAGUGAUGCCCCUGCCCACCAACAUGCAAGACUGUUUAUCUGGCCAACUAAGUCUACAGAAUGAUUUAACACCAUCAAUGAUGCUGGAAGAGGCUGUCAUGCUACAGUUAAGACCUCGGACGAUAGUGGAAAAGUUAAGUAUACAGUUGCUGCUGGAGACUGCCCAGGAGGGGUUGCUGUAUUGUCUAGGGAUGGAUGUUAAUAUGAAUGCACAGUGGAGUACUGUAGUCACCAUGAAGGAUGCUUCAACAAACACCACCAUAUUUAAAGUACCUUGGCCAGUCACACCCAUUCCUUUGACUUGGACGACACUGCAUCUUCGCCUUCAUUAUCAGCAUCUUCUUCAGUUCGCCGUCAUUCCUCACAAGAACACGAAUAUCCCUCGCAAAUUUGUGUCUUACCACAAGAAUCUGAAUCCACUGGCCGCAAGUGUUCAUCUCCUGAGAACUGGCGUGACGAGACUGAGACUGAAACUGUUAACUGUUAACACAUCCAUCGAGUAUACUAUUAAUUGUGAGCAAGAAUCUACGGAGACGUAUUUUGCUUCCGAGUUCGGGAUAUCUUCCAGCGUAACCGGGUUGCAUGCAACAGUGUGGAUUUUGUUAGGAAUAAUACUAAUUCUGUUGGUGAUGAUGGCAGUAAUAUUAACACUGUGCUACAAGCUCAAGAAAGAACUUGGGCCCAGCAGCUUCACACAGGUACACUUCCAAGCUGGCAGCAACAGUCGUGAUGCUGCUGCCCCUGUGUUAGUGUCAUCACGUCGAGGUGGCAGGCAACCAGCACCAGAGAGCACUGCCAACUCUCUUCAUCCUCAUCAAGUCACUGUUGGUGUUUUGUCAUCAAGAGCUCCUUCACCUGGGCAUGAAAUUGGAGAAGAAAAUACAUUUGACUAUAUAAAUCAUGCCUUUACACACGAGUAAGGCAUUUGUUAUUGCUAAUGAUCAGUGAUAUGAGACUUAUUUUCUGAAAUUAAUACAUAGUUUAAAGAGGAAAAACUUAUAAUGGUGCAGGAGGUAUUGUAACACUGUGUCAUUGAAGUGUUACAGAGUGUUGAAUAAGUAUUGUUCUCUUAAAACGUUGGUCAUAUUGAUCCUUCUUGCCAAUUACUAUACCACGUCACUAAUAAAUCCUACACAGUCA